AUGUUAUCUAAUGAACCAUCACAUUCUCGUUUUAAAAAACGAAAUAAUCAAAACAAGAAACGCUUUCAUUUACAUCAUAAUCGUAUACAUGAUCAUCCAAAAUGGGAUGAAUAUUUUUCCAAAGCACACACAAAUAUAUCGAGUGAUGCUGAAAGAAGUCAAUCAUCUAAAAAUUUGACUGACCAAGAAAUUCAACAGCGUCAGCUUAUUCAACAAUACAUUUUUUCUAAACUUGGAGCUUAUGUUAAUAAAUCUCGUCUUUGGCAAUUAACACAUUCAUCACAUAUAAAACGACGUCUUCUCGAUGAAUCAGCUCAUAUAGCAGAUAUUUAUUCUUUAACUAAGGAUUUUGUAUAUGAGUCUAUCAAUCAAUUAUUUACUCAUGUUGACAACUAUGUUUUAAAACUACAUCGACUUAUACAAAACAGAUCAGAUGGAUCAGUCGAAUCAAAUGUUCUAUUUCAAAAAACAAGAGAAUCAAAUAAUCAUUGGGGUUUAUUACAAUUACAACGUGCAAAACAAAUAUUUCCAAAUAUUAAUAAUGAAGAAUUUACAGAUGAUGAACUUCUACAAAAAUAUUAUAAUCAUAUUAUUGAAACUCUAACACCAAAACCUGACAUAGCUAGUUCUAAUUGUAUUGCGCAACUUCGUGAACAACCAUUUGACUUAAAUCAUGCAUAUGAACAAGCAGAAAAUAAAGGCAAAGAAGUUUUAGCACUUAUGUUAGAAAAUUAUCGUAAACGUUCAAUACCUAAUCUUGAAUUAAUUCAAGAGAUGAUUGAUCUUGGUUUUGAACAUAUGAAAAGAGCACCAACAAAAGAAGAUUUUGAAGAUGCAACAAAUUUUAUUACUAAAAUUUCCCUACUUCAUAAAACAAAGCAGGCAUAUGAAAGUGGUUUACAUAAUGUGGCUGAUGAAUUCAUGAUAUCACGUUUUGCUAAAAUUUAUGGAUUAAAUGCAUUACCAACAACAGCACGUCUAAAUAAGCAAUUUAUAUAUCUUAUUCACUUAUUUCUUAAAUCUAUCUCACAACUUAUAAUGAUGAUACACAUAGAGCGUGAUGAUAAUGAAGAAAUUAUAUCAAUAAUAAACACUGUUAUUGGAAAACUCUUUGCAACUAAAGAAAAUUCAUCAUUGAUUAAAUUAAAUAAUGAUGAUCUUUUUUCACCAAAAUUAAAUAUUGAUCAAUGGACAUGGUUAUUUGAAAAAUGGCGUGAUGCCUUACGAACAUUUCCAAUGAUGCUUACAAAAGUUGGAGCAUUUGGCCGCUUAUUGCGUACAACACUUGGUGUUGGUAUUGCACGUUUAUUUAGUUUUGCUGAGACAAUUGUUAAUAAUAAUCAAAUAUUAGAUUCAGUAUUUAUGAAUGAAGAAUUGUUUCGUGCGCUUCAAAUGGGUUUUUAUUUUGGUAUUGCAUAUGCCAUUGUCGACUGUGUACAAGAUGAAAUUCAGAAUUCAAAUAAUAUUUCUUCACAACAUUUCGCUGUUUUAAAUAUAGAACAAAAUGAAAAUGGAAGAUUAUUAACACUAGUUGAGAUAUUAGAUAAAUGGAUUUUGAUUAUGGAAAACUUAUUAAGUGGAGGAGAGUUUAAUCGAAAAGAAAUACCAAAAACACCAUUGACACCAUUAUUGUUAGAAACAUUUGAUAGUCUUAUUGCAUUAACAAAAAGCAUUGGUGUAACACGUGCAGUUUUUAAUGACUUGGCUCUUUUAUUAAGAUCACAAAGAAUGGAUAAAAAAACAACUGAAAAUUUUUACAAUGAUGAAGAACUUUACUUAGGUGCUAUGCUCAAAUCUCACUUCUCUUAUACAUGUAUUAUCUAUAUGGCUAAUAUUCAAUCUACUCCUGAAGAAAGUGAGCGUCUAUGGAUGAUACCAUUUGUAGCUCAAUUAACUGAUGAUUGUCGAGACUUUUAUGAGGAUUUUCAAUCUAAUUCUGUUACUUCAUUUACACAUUAUGCAUCAUUUAUUGGUCGUCAACAAUCAACACAUAAAAAUUUACUGAAUCCAUUUUAUGUAUUUUUAUAUUCUUGCUGUGACAUGUAUUUAUUAUCUGGUUGUGAUAUGCAAACUGGUGCUUUUGUUGGUCGUCGUAUAGCACGUACAUUAAGAUCAAUUGAAAUAAAUUUAGGUGCAUCUGCAUUACGUGAAUUUCUCUAUUUAUUUUGUGGUAAUAAUUUACCAUUACAUGAUUAUUUUUGGAUAUAUGUUCGUAGUCGUUUUUCUAAUGUUACUGAUCCAGAAAAAUCUUUGAUUCGAGUAAUUAAUAAAGCAAGUAUCAAAUAUGCACGAACAAAUCGUAAAUUAGAAACAUAUAUUUGUGAUCAUCUGAAACAAGUUGAAGAUGCUUUACAUAUUCAUGCAUUUAAUAAAAAUAAAAAGUCAUUAUCAGUUAUUGAUCGAGAUGAACAAUUAUUAAUCUCAGCUAUGAAUUAUAGUGUAACAGCUGGUGGUAAACGUUUACGACCAUUAUUAAUGAUGAUGGUUUCUGAUUUAUACAAUCUAGAAUUGAAAAAUGUUUUACCAUUAGCUUGUGGAAUGGAAUAUUUACAUACAUCAUCACUUAUACUUGAUGAUUUACCAGCUCAAGAUAAUAGUGAUCUAAGACGAGGUCGACCAACAUUACAUAAAGCAGUGAUAGAUGAUGAUAUACCAGAAAACUUAUGUGAAGGUCGAGCACAAUUAGCAGCUGUUGAUUUAAUUGCUAUUAGUAUGAGUGUAAUUAAUCAUGAUCUUGUAAAAAAUGGAUUUUCACCUGAAUGUGUAAAUCAGGUUGUAAAUGAGAUAUCUUUAUCAAUGCAUGAUUUAUGUAUUGGACAAAUGAUGGAUCUACGUGCAGCACAUAUGGGUAUGGAAAGAAAAAAUGAACUCCUUGAUGAACUUGAUCAUAUUGCAUGGUUUAAAACAGGCAAAGCAAUUGAAAUUGUACUUAUUACACCAGCUAUUUUAGCUAUGUCAUCUUCAUCAUCAUCAUCAUCAUCUGUAAAUGUUCAAUCGAUAAACUUGAAUAGUAUUCGUGAAUUAGGUCGAUUAAUGGGAAUAUUAUUUCAAAUGCGUGAUGAUUUAUUAGAUGUUGAAGGAGAAAAUAUUGGUAAACCAGCAGCACUUGAUGUAAAAAAUAAUACAGUAACUUAUGUAUCACUAUUAGGUGUUGAAGGUACUCGACAACGUUUAAAAGAAUUUCGUCAACAAACAUUGAAACUAGUUAAUGAAUGUUGGCCAUCAGGUGCUGGAACAAUUAAAGAUGUGGUUAAUUAUAUUGUUGAUAGAAAAAACUGA